CAUGUUUUGUGUAUUUUGUAUAGAUAUGUCUUGUUUCCAAGGACUGUUCUUUUGUCCAGAAGCUGCUUCUUUGCUGCUUCACAAUUUCUGCAUCUACCACAUUAAUCCUCCUGGCCAUGAGUUGGGAGCGGCUGCAAUUUGUCAAGAUAAUCCUGUGCCUUCUGUUGAUGACUUGGCUGAUCAAAUUCUUGAUGUUCUUAACUAUUUUAGGCUUGGUGCAGUGAUGUGCAUGGGUGUAACGGCUGGUGCUUACAUCCUCUCCCUGUUUGCUAUAAAAAAUAGGGAGCGGGUUCUUGGUUUGAUCCUUGUUUCCCCUCUAUGCAAAGCUCCUUCUUGGACUGAAUGGCUCUGCAAUAAGGUGAUGUCAAAUUUGCUCUAUUUCUAUGGUAUGUGUGGCCUGGUGAAGGAAUGUUUACUUUACCGGUACUUCAGCAAGGGAGUUCGUGGCUGUGCUGAGGUUCCAGAAUCAGACAUCGUUCAAGCAUGCAGAAGACUACUUGAUGAGAGGCAUAGUAUAAAUGUCUUGCGAUUUCUUCAAGCAAUAGAUAGGAGACCUGACAUAACUGAAGGAUUGAAGACUCUAAAAUGUCGAACUUUGAUAUUUGUUGGGGAGAACUCUCCUUACCAUUCUGAGGCUCUCCACAUGACUGCUAAACUCGAUAGAAGAUACAGUGCCUUAGUUGAGGUACAGGCAUGCGGGUCGAUGGUGACAGAGGAACAGCCACAUGCAAUGUUAAUACCCGUGGAGUACUUUCUGAUUGGGUAUGGGCUCUACAGACCAAGCCAAUUUAUUGGGAGCCCGAGGAGUCCGCUUAGCCCUUCUUGCAUUGCGCCAGAACUUCUCUCUCCUGAAAGUAUGGGAUUGAAACUAAAACCAAUAAAGACUCGGCUCUCGACAAAAAGAUGACAGUGGGUUAGUUAACCUGUGAAUUGGAGUUACCAUGGCUUGUUUUGUUGUUAUUGUUUGAUUUGUUGAAGGGUAAAUAUGGAAGUAGAUAGAAAAGUGAAAUUCUUUGUUGAAUAUAGGGUGGGAGUUUUGGAAUAUACAUUCAUUUUGUAGUCAGUCAUGGAUAAACAUGUCAUUUGUAUGUUUUGUACAUCUUAGAGGAGAACGUUCAUGAUUAAUAAUAAAGGGCAUGUGAGCUGUUGACUCUUUCUCUCA